UUCUUGGUUUUUUUGUUACGGAGAUUUUUCUUUUUUAAAAUUUGAAAACAAAAAGAAAUUUUAUCAAGAAAAGUUCGACGAUGAUGUUGCUCGAGAUACUCCUUUUAUGUUGCCUAUUGCAGUUUAAUCGUGCGGACGUUUUCCCAGAGUAUACUCCAGAAAAUUUCGAAAGUAAACGAAAUUUUUAUCCAUGUUCAUCGGUUGGUGGCUUACCUCUCGACUCCGCUAUUCCAACUGCUAUCGCGUGUGCUUUUAAAUCUGGAAUGACGGUGAAAAGAGGUUCCCAUGCUUCUACUCGUGCUCGUUCUCCUACAUAUGUGAAGGUAUCUUCACCGAUAUCGUACAAACCAUUACCAAGGACAUCUUCAUUGGUUUACGUCGCACCACCCAUCGUCAAAUCAGCGUCCGCUGUGGUUGCUACCGAUCAAAAAUCUGCUGAAAAGGAUGUAGAUUACAUGUCUUAUCCAAAGUAUUCGUUUAAUUACGGAGUUAUCGAUGGCUACACUGGCGAUUCUAAAUCUGCGUGGGAAGAAAGAGACGGAGAUACUGUGAAGGGAGAAUACUCGGUAGUCGAGGCUGAUGGUACCAUUCGAACAGUUUCCUACACGGCCGAUGAUCACAAUGGUUUUAACGCCGUUGUCACGAGAAGUGAACCUCCGAAGAAAAACAAAUCUUCGGAGAAUGUGAAAGCAUUUGUACCGGCAUCUAUUUUGAACGGAGAUAUUAAAAAAUUGCGACAACAUUGAUUCUUCAUGGAACAUAAAAGAAUCGACGGAAUGUAAUAAUAGUUCCUUGCAAGUAAUUAAUAAUACUAAUAAAAAAAUAAUAAUAAGAAAUGGGGUGACUUAAGGAAUGUGAGGCUUCAACGUAUAUUAGAACUUUUUAAAUUUGUACUUAAUGACGCUGGAGUCUAACGCAGACUGUGCUUUAGCUAUUUUAUCUAAGCGAUGGAAGUGGAGAUUUGACGAAUAGAUGCAUACACUAGGAUCAAGCUAAAUUAUUUUUAUGAUACUAAAACAAGGAUUUAAGAGAACUACCACUUGGACGUAUUACAGAAAUAACUUUUUAUAUAAUAGCGAAGUCACAUAUGAAAAGUUUUUGAGAAAAUGAAUUGACGGUUCUUUGAAGAGAAUUCAAUUUUAAGACUUUAACGUUCAUGCAUAAUGUAUACAAUAAUUAUAACUUUAAAUAAAAUUAUAUUUGAUAACAAUGAUUUCAGUGAAAUACUUAAAUGCUACAUACUAUAAAAUUACUUUUGUAAU